UCCAUCUCCAUCCCACGCUAUAUAAUGCUCUUGCCUCCUCGCCAACCAAGCCGCACACACCCAAACACACUAGCAACGUGCAAAACCACUCGCAUUUCCUCCCGGCAGCUGCCCGCCCGUUGCAAUUAACUCUUGUAACCUAUCACGUAAGUACCAUGGUUGGAGGAAGCCCCAUGCAGGCCGUGCUCAUGGCCCCCGGCGUCAAGGACAAGAAGGUGCUCGCCUUCAAGCGCGGCAAGGGCAAGGACGCCGACGCCGGCGUCACGGCGCUCAUCCGCGACAUCGUCGCCGGCGGCGCCCGGAGCGCGUUCCACGUCUUCGACCUCGCCAAGGUCGUCGACCUCCACCGCGGGUGGCGCCGCGCGCUCCCCGACGUGCGCCCCUGCUACGCCGUCAAGUGCAACCCCGACGGCGCCAUGCUCGCCGCGCUCGCCGCGCUCGGCGCCGGCUUCGACUGCGCCAGCCGCGCCGAGAUCGAGGCAGUGCUCGCGCUCGGCGUCCGCCCCGCCACCAUCGUCUACGCCAACCCGUGCAAGCCCGAGGCGCACCUCGAGUACGCCGCCGAGGUCGGCGUCAACCUCACCACCUACGACUCCGAGGAGGAGGUGGCCAAGGUCCGGCGAUGCCACCCGCGCUGCGAGCUGCUGCUCCGCAUCAAGGCGCCCGACUCCGGCGACGCCAAGGUCGACCUGGGGCUCAAGUACGGCGCCAACCCGGACGAGGUGCUACCGCUCCUCCGCGCCGCGCAGCGCGAGGGCGUCGCCGUCGCCGGCGUCUCCUUCCACGUCGGGAGCGGCGCGUCCCGCGCCGACGUCUACCGCGGCGCCAUCGAGGCGGCGCGCGAGGCGUUCGACGCCGCGGCGGCGCUCGGCAUGCCGCCGAUGCGCGUCCUCGACAUCGGCGGCGGCUUCAUGGCCGGCCGGACCUUCGACGAGGCGGCGGCGGUCAUCAACCGCGCGCUGGAGCGCCACUUCGGCGACCUCCCCUGCGUCGAGGUGAUCGGCGAGCCCGGGCGGUACUUCGCCGAGACGGCGUUCACCCUCGCCGCGCGCGUCAUCGGGAAGCGCACCCGCGGCGAGCUCCGGGAGUACUGGAUCGACGACGGCCUCUACGGCUCCCUCAACUGCAUCCUCAUGGACCACUACGUGCCGCGCCCGAGGCCGCUCGCCGCCGCCGCCGCCGGCGAGGACACGACGGCGGCGACGACGCACGCCUCGACGGUGUUCGGCCCGACGUGCGACUCCCUCGACACGGUGGUCACCGGCUACCAGCUGCCGGAGAUGAGCGUCGGCGACUGGCUCGUGUUCGACGACAUGGGCGCCUACACCACCGCGGCUGGCUCCAACUUCAACGGCUUCGCCACGUCAGCGAUAAAGAUCCACCUGGCAUACUCCAGCUAGGCAGCCACGUCGGCAACAAUAUUCAAAUCUGCAUAUAUAUAUAUAUAUAUAUAUAAACUAAAACACAAGUUCAUUUGUUUGUAUCAAAUUACAACAUAUUCAAAGGGUUGCAAUUAAGCUGUACACAAAACGAACGCAUGAACGUUCAUGAGUUGUGUUAGUUGUUUCUCUAGGGGUUGAUUCAAUACAUGUACAACUUGAUUUUUAUGUAUCAAAUGUGAAAUAUCAAGUGAAUACAUACGAUUUUUUGUUCCCUAA